ACCAUCUUGUGUACAUCUUUCUAUUGUACUGAGCAGGCAGCUUGAUGUUAUUUGUAUCUUGUAGAAGAGACAUUCACAAAUCUGAUACAUACGAUAAUAAGAUCUAGAAACUCAGUACAAAAACAGAGGUCAUCUUAAGAAAAUGAACAGCAUGGGUUUUCCGAGUGUGUUCGCCAUCCUCCUCCUUUUCAUAGGUACCGUGAAGGCUACGCGUGUAAUAUUCAGUGGAAUGAAUUUCACGAUGUUCUGUCCCUGGGACGGGGAAUGGUUCAAGAAUGAUGAAAAAAUAGAAGGACAAACUGAAUUGUAUUCACUUAAGUAUAAUAGUGAUAACAAAGGCUUAUACUACUGUCAGAACGGGGGUGAAAAGUAUUAUUUCUACGUGAAAGGAAAGGUAUGUGAAAAUUGUACUGAGCUGGACGCGACCUUGGUUUUGCUGGUCAUGAUGGUGGACGGGCUCGGGACAGCACUUCUGAUGAUUCUAAUCUACAGAUGCACCAAGAAGAAGAGCUCAGCUGGACCUACGUACUCUUCGAAAGCACCUGCUCAUUCAGGAGGCCGAGCUCCACCUGUCCCAUCUCCUGACUAUGAGCAACUGAACACUCACACUCGCUCCCAGGACACUUACUCUAUCGUGAACAGGACGGGAUAGAGUCAAGUCACCUGACUGCGCCAGGUCACUGGUUUAAAGGCUGCACUAACAAAGGCAAAUAUUCACAAAAGUCCUACUAGAGCGUACAUCAUGCUCCCAGUAGUAUGCCAACACUGGCCUUUGCUCUUAUGGAUUUGAAAGGUGCCAAAAAUGGCAAAAAGAUGAAUUUUCCCACUUAUCCCCAGUAUUACCUGGCCAGGUAAAAUAGUUCAGGUUUCAAUUGUCCAUGUAGUCUUCCACCAUCGCAGCACAAGAGUGGUGACUGGAUUUUAGUUUGUAUUGCUCACAGUAUUUAAAAAUUACACUGAAAAACUACUUAAAGAGAGAAUUACUCAGAGUAAUGUGGACAUCGUUUCUGUAAGUUGCCGUAGAUCAGUAAUUCCCAACCUGGAUGUACAUCUGCAGUUACCAGGUGGUCUGUGGAAAGAUUGUGUAGCUCAGCUAAUUUGAAAAUGUAGAGAUUAUGAUUUGAUAACAAAAUGUAAGUAUAUAUGUAUGUAUGUAUAGUACAUCUUGAAUGUUUUUUUUUCACAACAAUCUACCCACUACUGUAUUUUGACAGUUUUCUAGUGAAUCAGUUUUAAUAAUUUGACACCAAGUGCCGCGAUUGAGACUGCGUGUAAACUAGUAAGCGAAAUGCUUACAAAAAGCUAAAAGUAACAUAUGAAUAGCUGAAAUGUCCAUUUUGAAGUCGGAUUUGAUUGACCACCAAAGACAAGUUAAAAAAAAAGGCAAGCAUCGGUUUUGCUGUAAAAAGCAAUUGAAGAAUUCCACAAAGCCAUCUCAUCUAUCGCUAUCAAAGGGAAGGGGCACAAUGAAGGGGUACUUGAACCCAUCUAAAUGGGCUGUGUGGGGUAUCUCAGACACAAAAAUGUUGAGAACUACUGCUGUAGACUGAUUUGAAUAUUAUCUUUGAAUGCUGUUAGCGACACAAAUUUCCGCUCACGCUUAUUGUACUGGUGUGGAGGCAGAAAUCUUAGAGACAUAAAUAUAAACUCAGUAUUCAAUUUAUUAUGUUCAGCUGUAAAGUCUAGUGCAAUCCUAUACAACUGUUCUGUCAUGAAGUCUAUUUUUACGGUGCCAAUAAUGUUCAGGUUUUUUUGGUGUACCUAAUAGUGUGUAGAUAUUUUUUAUGCUUUCAGUGUACUGAUCCUUUAAUAUAAAACAUUGGUAGAGAGUACUGUCAAAAUCACAACUUGUCAUUUUGAAUAGAGAGACAUAUGUUUUCUGUAAAUACACUCAGUUGGCAGUUUAUUAGUAACACCUAGCUUAAAAUAAUGCAGUCUAAUACAACAGCUCUGCUAUAAAUGCUACCUUCAUGAUGGUUAUAAUGUUCGGUUUGUGUUGGAACUCUUUUACAGAGGUGUUGAUCUAACUUAUGGUCAUUUUAGAGGCUGCAGUUUGUGGUGCUGUUGAACUGUAUUGCGUUACACGGACAGGUGUUCUCGAUUAUUUUGUCCACCCCAUUUAUAUCUAUGAGGGUAGGCUGAAUAACACAAGCAUCUCUCUGGAUAAUGCAAAAUAGCUCAAAAUAGCUCAAAAGCACCACAGACUACAUCCUCCAAAAUGAUCAUAUGUACACGUUUAUGUCAGUGUAUGUUCUGACUCAUUAUCAUUGCUCACCACAUCAA